UUAGAACAAAAACAGAAACAUGGCUCACCAUAUUACAUGUCUUUGGAUAAUUUUGGUUCUGCUUCUUCGGAAUUCUGUAUUCGCUGAAGAUGGAGAAAUAAGAUCAAGUUGUCGUACUGCUCCAACAGAUUUAGUUUUCAUCUUAGAUGGUUCUUACAGUGUUGGCCCAGAAAGCUUUGAAAUAGUGAAAAAGUGGCUUGUCAACAUCACAAAAAACUUUGACAUAGGACCCAAGUUUAUUCAGGUGGGAGUGGUCCAAUAUAGUGACUACCCCGUACUGGAGAUUCCUCUUGGAAGACAUGAUUCGGGAGAGAAUUUGGUGGCAGCAAUGGAAUCCAUACAUUACUUAGGAGGAAACACAAGAACAGGGAAGGCCAUCCAGUUUGCACUUGAUUACCUUUUUGCCAAGUCCUCACGAUUUCUGACUAAGAUUGCAGUAGUACUUACGGAUGGUAAAUCCCAAGACGAAGUCAAAGAAGCAGCAGAAGCAGCAAGAGACAAUAAAAUAACAUUAUUUGCCAUCGGUGUUGGUUCAGAAACAGAAGAUGCAGAACUUAGAGCUAUUGCCAACAAGCCUUCAUCUACGUAUGUGUUUUAUGUUGAAGACUAUAUUGUGAUAUCCAAAAUAAGGGAGGUGAUGAAGCAGAAACUUUGUGAAGAAUCUGUCUGUCCAACACGAAUUCCAGUGGCAGCUAGAGAUGAGAAGGGGUUUGAUAUUCUUUUAGGCUUGGGUGUAAAGAAAAAGGUUAAGAAAAGAAUCCAGCUUUCACCAACAAAGAUAAAAGGAUAUGAAGUAACAUCAAAAGUUGAUUUAUCAGAAUUCACAAGCAAUGUUUUUCCAGAAGGUCUUCCUCCAUCAUAUGUAUUUGUCUCCACUCAGAGAUUUAAGGUCAAGAAAAUAUGGGAUUUAUGGAGAAUUUUAACCAUUGAUGGAAGGCCACAAAUAGCAGUUACCUUAAAUGGUGUGGAUAAAACACUACUAUUUACAACGACCAGCGUGGUUAAUGGCUCACAAGUGGUCACCUUUGUUGACCCUCGAGUUAAGACAUUGUUUGAUGAAGGCUGGCAUCAAAUUCGUCUCUUAGUAACAGAACAGGAUGUAACUCUAUAUAUCGAUGAUCAACAAAUUGAAAAUAAAUCCUUACAUCCAGUUUUAGGGAUCUUCAUCAGUGGCCAAACCCAAAUUGGAAAAUACUCUGGGAAAGAAGAAACUGUUCAGUUUGAUGUCCAAAAGUUGCGAAUCUACUGUGACCCAGAACAGAACAACCGGGAGACAGCAUGCGAGAUUCCCGGAUUUAAUGGCGAGUGUCUCAAUGGCCCCAGUGAUGUAGGUUCAACUUCAGCUCCCUGUGUUUGUCCUCCUGGAAAACCAGGACUACAAGGCCCCAAAGGUGACCCUGGACGGCCUGGGAACCCUGGCUACCCUGGACAGCCUGGUCAAGAUGGUAAGCCUGGAUAUCAGGGAAUCUCAGGAUCACCAGGUGUUCCAGGAUCCCCAGGAAUACAAGGAGCACGAGGACUACCAGGUUACAAAGGAGAACCAGGGAGAGAUGGUGAAAAGGGUGACCGUGGACUUCCUGGUUUUCCUGGGCUUCACGGAAUGCCAGGAUCAAAGGGUGAAAUGGGCCCCAAAGGAGAUAAAGGAUCACCUGGAUUUUAUGGCAAAAAGGGUGCAAAAGGUGAAAAGGGAAAUGCUGGUUUUCCUGGCCUUCCUGGACGUGCUGGAGAACCAGGAAGACAUGGAAAGGAUGGAUUAAUGGGUAGUCCUGGUUACAAGGGAGAAGCGGGCCCUCCAGGUGCUCCGGGGCAGGAUGGACCACGGGGAGAGCCUGGAAUCCCAGGAUUUCCUGGAAACCAAGGAUUAAUGGGACAAAAGGGAGAAAUUGGGCCUCCAGGACCAUUAGGAAAAAAAGGAGCUCCGGGGAUACCUGGUUUGAUGGGAACCGAUGGCUCACCAGGUCAGCCUGGAACUCCAGGAUCGAAGGGAAAUAAAGGUGAACCUGGACUUCAAGGGAUUCCUGGGGUUUCUGGGCUCAAGGGAGAGCCAGGAGCAGUAGGCCCCCCGGGAGAACCAGGAUACCUGGGUUUACCUGGAAUCCAAGGCAAAAAGGGAGACAAAGGAAAUCAAGGUGAAAAAGGCAUUCAGGGCCAAAAGGGAGAAAAUGGAAGACCAGGGAUUCCAGGGCAACAGGGAAUUCAAGGUCAUCAUGGUGCAAAAGGAGAGAAAGGUGAAAAGGGAGAACCUGGUGUCAGAGGUGCCACUGGACCAAAAGGAGAAUCUGGGAUGGAUGGCCUGAUGGGGCCUGUGGGUCCCCAGGGACAACCUGGAGAAACAGGUCCUCGGGGACCUCCAGGAUUGGAUGGGAAGCCUGGGAGAGAAUUUUCAGAACAGUUUAUUCGACAAAUUUGCACUGAUGUAUUAAGAGCCCAGCUACCAGUCUUACUUCAGAGAAGAAUUCAAAAUUGCGAUCGUUGCCAGUCCCAACAUGGUUCCCCUGGUGUCCCUGGGCCACCUGGUCCUAUAGGCCCAGAAGGUCCCCGAGGAUUUCCUGGUUUGCCAGGAAGAGAUGGUGUUCCUGGACUAAUGGGUGCUCCUGGACGCCCAGGUGCCAGAGGAGUAAAAGGCCUCCCAGGAAGAAAUGGGGCAAAGGGGAACCAAGGGUUUGGGUACCCUGGAGACCAAGGGCCUCCUGGUCCACCAGGUCCAGAGGGCCCUCCUGGAAUAAGCAAAGAAGGUCCCCCAGGAGACCCCGGUCUCCCUGGCAAAGAUGGAGAUCAUGGAAAACCUGGCGUCCAAGGGCAACCAGGUCCCCCUGGCAUCUGCGACCCAUCACUAUGUUUUAGUGUAAUAGUCGGAAGAGAUCCAUUUAGAAAAGGACCAAACUAUUAAGGUCUAAUGCCUCAUUCAGCGACCGAGGCAUGGUGCUUUUCUUCUGUGGUCUUAUGCAUCUCAGGAAGAUAACAACAGUAAUCCCUUGAAAAGAAACUAAAGUACCUCGGUGUUUUUAUUAUUAUUUUUUCCUUAAGGAAAUAUAUAUAAAAGGUCACAUAUACUGAUCUUAAAGGAUCCUCAGUAAUUUGGAGCCUUUAGAUUAGUAGCAUUAACCAAAUCUCAAGGGUUUCUUGUAAGUCCAUUUGUUUUCAUCGAAGUUGAAUAUAAAAACCACCAUUGCCUGUUAGCCAGUGCAUGUCAGUCACUGUGAAAUAUUUCACACGCAGCCUCCAUGCAGAAGAGUAUUUGAGUUCCAUUUCAUGUCUGUGUGAAUUUCAUGCUUCAUAUCUCAUAACGCAUGCUUCUUCAUUAGAAAAAAACAAACAUGUUUCUGGUGAUUGGAAAUAAGAUCAGGGCUGAUAUUCAGCUGGGACCGACCUUAUUGCCAUACCGGUCAUUUACUCCAGUGUCUGUGCUGAUUGGAUGGGGCAAUGGACUGCUGGUUGCUCAACAUCCUGAGUAUUACAUGUGAAUAAGAUUAAUGUGUUUCUUAUUUCACUUGCAAAUUAUCAAAUUUGAUUAAUGACUACGCUGAGAAAGUACACAGGGAAUGGUGAAAGUUAUGUAACAUUACACAGGGAAUGGUGAAAGUUAUGUAACAUUAAAGUAUUUUUUUGUAAGUGCCAUUGUACCUGGUCAAUAUAUUCAAAGCGUGCAGAAGUUCAGAAAUAGUAAAAAAACUUUCUUCUUCAUACUUGCUGGGUAAUUGGAAUGUUUGUUGUAUGCCUUCAUGUUCCAUUGCACUUAUAUGUGUACGUUCAUAUAUGUUAACGUUCAUUGUAGCAAAGGUAUUGGGAAUAAAUGCUGUGGUUGAAAGGAAACUCCACAGUUCCUAGUAUGUCUUGAUGUUUUUAGUAGACUUUAAAAUAUUGUGAGUAGUCUUUGGGUACUGUACUUAAUGCUUUUGUAAGGAACAUAAUUUGAGAUAUUUUAUCUUUAUUAUGCUUUAAGUUUUGUUGCAUGCUUGUUAUUCAAAGUACAAUAA